UUCUCUAUAAUAUCUGCUUUAGCUGCAUCUCUUACAUUUUGAUAUGUUUCAUUUAAGGCUUGAUUCCACUUAAAAUAUGCUCUAAUUUAUUUUCUAAAAAGUAUUUCCACUUCACUGCAUCUAAUUUCUUUUGUGACUAAUUUCAUUGGUUGCUUAGAAGUAUGCUGCUUAAUUUCCAAACAUUUGGAGAUUGUCUAGAUAUCUUUUUCUUGUUCAUUUCUACUUUAAAUCUAUUAUAGAGAAAAUACUUUGUCUGAUUUGAAUUCUUAGGAAAUUAAGAUUUGUUUUAUGAAAAAGAUAACAUCUGAAGUAAAAAAAAUUAUUCAGUGAGCUCACUAGCAGACUGGAGAUGACAGAAGAAAGAAUCAGUGAACUUGAAGAUAGGUUAGUAUAAAAAUGCGAUUUGAGCAACAGAGAGAAAAAAAUUGAAAAAAAAAUGAGCAGAGCCUUCAGAACCUGUGGGACAAUAUCAGAAGUCUAGUAUUCCUGUCUUUGGAGUCUCAGGAGAAGAGGAGAGAAAUGUUUGUUUGGAAGUACUAGCUGAAAAUUGCCCAAAUUUGGUGAGAGACAUAAAUUUACAGAUUCCAGAAACUCAUUGAUUACCAAAUAUGAUAAACUCAGAGAAAAUCACUUCUGGAUACAUCAUAAUCAAACUUCUGAAAAUUAAAAAUAAACAAAAAUUCUUGAAUACAGCUAGAGAAAAUGACACAUUAUAUAUCUGGUAGAACAAUGAUUCAGAUAUAUGUGGAUUUCUCAUAGGAAGCCAUGGAGGCCAGAAAACAUUGGAAAAACAUCUUUAAGAUUCUUAAAGGAGUUGUCGGUACAAAAUUCUAUAUCCAGUGAAAAUGUCCUUCAGGAAUGAAGGGAAAAAAUGCCGCACCUGUGCUAAAAGGAGCACUAAAGGAAGUUCUUUAGGCUGAAUAGAAAUGAUAUUAAAUGGAAACUAGGAACUUCAGAAAUGAUGAAAGAGCACCAGAAAUAGUAAGUUUUUUGGCAAAUAUAAAAUACUGCUUUUCUACUCUUUAAAAUAUGCAUGAAUUUUUAAAUAAAAAUUAUAACUUUCUUGGCUGGAGGUUUUUGUGUAUAUAGAGUAGUAUAUACAAAUGAAACAAAGUGGGGAGAUAAAGGGAACUAUUUGUUGGUAAGGCAUCUGCAUUUUACAGAAAGUAGUAAAACAGUAAUGCUAAAUACACUGUGAAAGCUUAGAUACGUAUAUUACAACCCUAGAGCAACCACUGGGAAAAAAAAUGACAUACAGCCAAAAGCUAAUAGAUAAAAUGAAUGGAAUAGUAAAAAAAAAAAAAAAAAAAAAAAAAAAAAAAAAAAAAUCAACACAAAAGAAGGCAGAAAAAGGGGUAAUAGAGGGACAAAAUCAGGGAGGACAAACAGGAAAAAAGAUAAUAAAAUGGUAGACAGAAAUCCAGCUAUAUCAAUAAUUGUAGGAAAUGCCAAUGGCCUGAAUACAUCAAUUAAAAUAUAUUGUAAGAUUGGAUAAAAAGCAAGAACCAAGUAUAUGCGGUCUAAAAGAACUCCAUUUAAAUACAAGGACAUAAAUAGUUUGAAAGUUAAAAAAAGAAAAGGAGCUAUACUACGGAGUGGCUAUAUUAAUAUCAAAGUAGACUUCAGACCAAGGCCAGGGAUGCCGAGGGACACCACGCCAAGGGUCAGUUCCCCAAGUAGACAUAACAAUCCUAAAUGUGUACCCACAAAACAACAGUUACAUGAAAAAAAACUGACAGAAUUAAAAGAAAAAAUAGAGAAACCCACAGUUCUGUGUAGAAAUCUCAACACUCUUUUACCAGUAAUCGGUAGAACAAGAAGACUGAAAACCAGUAAGGAUUCAAAAGACCUGAAUAAUACUAUUAACAUCUUGACCUCAUUGACAUUUGUAGAGCACUCUAUCAACAACAGAGUGCACACUGUUCUCAUGUGCUUCAGGUUUGGUUGUUUCUGUUGACCUGUCUUUGAGCUCGCCGAUGCUUCUGCUGCUUAUUUCUGAUCUGCCUUUCCCACUUGGCUACAGAUUUCUGUGCAGUGGGAACUAUGUCAAAUUCUCCAUUUGCUUAUUACCAAACAUAGGGAUUGGCAGAGAGGAAUUAUUUGGUACCUAUCUGUGGUUGGUGCAGCUUUCCAGCAGGCAGCAGGAAAUAGGGACCUUCAAUUCAGUGACAGUGUAUUCAAAUUUUCUGAAAAUAGAUGUGGGAGAAUAAAAGAUGUGAAUAUUCCCUGUCCCUUAUCUCUGACCAGUUUUGGGGGGAUGCUGAAGCCAAUAGAUUUUUCAGAAUGUUGAAAGGGUGAUGUACACCUAUUGUUAAUUACUGACCUAAAAUAAACAUACUUCGAAACAAACCAGAGCUAAGGAGCAGCUUCUAGAUUUAUUUCAUAGUGAUAAUAAUGAGGAUGGUAGUAACCAUGGCUAACAUUGAUCAGAUUUCAUUAUCACUCACACUGACUUCCUAAUACUGUGAUGCAUUGAACUCAUAUAACAACCCAACUUUUAUCUCCAUUUUACAGAUGAAGAACAGAGGCAUUGAGAGGUUAAUUAAUAUGUGUCAGUUUAUGCUGCCAGUGUGGUAGAGUCAGGAUUGAAGCUUGGCAGCUUGAUUCUUGUAGCUUGAUUCUUGGCCAAAGCAUUCUGCUUUCAUUAGGCUGGCCAAAUGAGUUUUAGGAGCUAAUAAGGCUUCAGCAAAACCUUCUUAAAGGUAUCAUAGUGCGGGGCACCUAUAAGCUCAGUGUUAAAAGCUAAGAGGAUCUGUGAUGGGAGUGGACAAAUUGCCUGUGGCUUGUUUUUGUAUGUCUCCUCUUCAGCUAAGAAUUAUUUUUACAUUUGAAGGGUUGUGAAAAGAAAGAACAAUAUUGGACAGAGACAGCAUGUGACCCACAAAGCCUGAAAUAUUUACUAUCUGUCCUUUUUAUGAAAGCUUUCUAACCCCUGCUCUAAGUGAAAAGAGAAAGGAGUGCAGGAGGGAUGGCACAUGCAAGGGCCUGGAGACUUUUUUAUGAGAUCAAGUAAUUUACAUGGCUGGAGAUCAAAGGGGAGAGAAGAUUUGCAGAGAAAAUGAGCAGACAGACAUGAAAGAUUCCUGUGUGGCUUGCUAAGAAUCUAGACUUUAUCCCAAAGGCAGCUAUGCACACGUUUUAACCAAGAAAGGAACAUAAUCAGGCUUUAAUUCUAUCAAACAUGAAGAAGCAACAAUAGUCUAUAGGAUGACCACUGUGUGAUUUCAUAUUUAACAAGGAUUCCCUUUUCUUUUUAAUUCUCAAAGUCCCUUGGCUGAUUAGUGACCCCCUGCUUGGUAAAGGUGAUCAGAGAGGUCUAAACUGGAAGGCUGUCUUCACACGGAGUGCGUAACUGCAGACAUCCACAGCGCAUGUUACUGCUCCUUCCUCUUAGUGACGGCUCCAAGAGCAUCUUUUAAAAGAGAGAAAUGGGGAUCUGGGAAUCAAGAGGCCUGGCUCCCAGGACCUUCUCUGUUCCUGGCUUGAGUGUUCUCUGACAAUUUUCUUGAGAGGCCAAAUGGCCUAGUGGUUAAUUGCAUGGGCUUAUCCUGCAAACUGCCUCCAUGUAUGUCCUGGUCUGUGGUUUGCAAUCCUCUCUGCACACUGUAGUCAUCUGGGGGAUUUCAUAAAAACUCUUCUUCCACAGAUCCUCAUUUAUAGAUCCUGGACUUGGGUCUGGGCAUUGGUAUUCUUUUUUAAAGCUCCCCACUGAUACCGGUGAGCUGGCAGCUUAAGAGCCACUGUCCUAGUAAUUGAGAACACAGACACUGGGCUAAUAGUCCUGGCUGUUCUGUUAGAUAAAAUGACAAAGCAGCUUAAAAUAUUGAUGCCUCAGUAUUCUCAGCGGUAAAAGGAGUUACAAAUUGUCCCAACUUCUUGGGUGGUUGUGGGAUUAAGUGAGGGAGUUCCUUUAAAGCAUAUGAGUUGGUCUUCUCACCACAUUUUCUGCCUCCUCUCUUGCCCUAGAUACCCUCUAACUCUCAUUCUGUUUCAAUAGUCUGAUGACUCCUUUCUCUUUGAGUGGCAAAUAUAGGUCAGUCAUCUUCCAACACUAAGAUCAGCCCUCAUUUCCUCCAUCCUCAUCCAUCCUCCGUCAUCAUGUAUGGGUUUGAGGGCCCUUCCACGCUCUCUCAAAGGACUCCGUGCACCCUCUAUCCUGGCAUCUCUCUGGGCACUGUAUCCCUUUUAGAAAGCAAUCCAUAAAUAUUGGAUAAGUGAAAGAAAACUCAGCUGUUUUACUGCUGAUUACGCAGCCAAGUUCAUACUUGUCUUUGGUAGUUGUGCUUACAUCCUGUGGAUUCUACAGCGGAGGCCAGGUGGAGGAGGAGGGAGCAGGUGCCUACUGGAGUAGUGCACCUCUCUUUGAGGUGGUGCUAGAGGGCUCUGCCUUACCCACAGUUAAUGUUCAGUUUAUGUUUUUCAGUUCUUUCUCUUCCACAGAUAGCCUUAAAGUUGCCUGAGAACAGUAAGUAAAGUAACAAACCUUGAGGAAGAACCAUGAAAUUAAACUCCUGGUGUCCAGUCCUCCCCAGGGUCAAGCACUGAGCUGCUUUUCACAGAGGAGCACACUCAGCCCCACAAACAACCCUGCAGGCUAGGUGUUCUCAUCACCAAUGAGAUUUUGUCAUGUCUAGACAGAGGAUCACAGUUUUGUUUAACAUGAGAAAUGUAGUAGUCUCACAGGUUUCAUUAGUCUUUUGCUGUACCCUGUGGGAAGAGGGAUGUACCACUGAACCUCCCCUGAGCUCAGGAAGAAUAUUUACCAGCUACUGUAUUUUUCAUAAGGGUGGUCUCAAUGUAUAUAGUAUAUAUUGUGGCAACAAACAAAAGUAAGAAGCCAGAGCCACAGACAUUCUGAAGUUAAGGGUGACUUUCCAGGGACAGAGCAGUAAUCUCUGCUGUCCAUAUGUCUUACAAAAUACAUUUGCCAGGGCAAUUUUGUGAUACAGAAUGCUAUCUGCAUCUCUAUAGUUGCAAGGAAAUAGAGAUCCCUGGUGCAGUUAUAAUAGGUUUCUUCUAUGCACACAUAAUCCUAAUAACAUCAUAUGUUGUUGGCACUCUAUGGUCUGGAUUUUGCAAGAUGACAGAACUGAAACAUUAGAAAGGUUCAUGAAUUUAACCAUGGUUACUCAGCAAGUAUAUAAUAGCACCAGGUUUUGAACAUAGACAUUUUGUCCCCAGAGUACACUUUUAACCAGUACGUGACAUGCCACUGCCUCUCGUUUCCCACCUCUCCCAGGAUCAGAAUGAGCAUGCUGGGAGCUGUAAGGCAUGUGAGGUUACUGGGUACAGCUGUGCAGAUUGCUGCAUGCAUGAGGGCACCCUGCCAGGAGAGCCAAGUGGUAGCUGGAAUCCAACCCAUGCUACCUGCUCCUUAACGCAGGUGUGUGGCCACAUCUGCUGGGGGAAGGGACACCUUUUUCUAAUUUGCACAAAGAUACAUUUCCCUUUUAAUCAUGGCUUCUUUCAUAUUACCCUGUUCUGCCUUCUCAGGUCUCUGCCUUUCUCUAGAAAAAGAAAGAGAAAAAUGACCAAAUUCCAGGACUCUAUGGUAUAAGUUUCACCAUACAAAUGAGAAGAUAGGAAACUUGUCCAAGAUCAUAGAGCUAGCAUUGGACAGAGCUCCCAAAUCCAGACACAGGCAGUCAGACCCCAGAGCUGUGCCUAUUACUGCAACAGUCUCCAGAUGAGCACAGAGGAUGAGCUACAUAUUUGAGCAGAGAUGGUGACAUUUAAGGACGUUGCUGUGGUCUUUACCGAAGAGGAGCUGGAGCUGCUAGACUCUGUCCAGAGGAAGCUGUACCGAGAUGUGAUGCUGGAGAACUUCAGGAACCUGCUCUUAGUAGCACAUCAGCCCUUCAAGCCAGACCUAAUAUCCCAGCUGGAGAGAGAAGAAAAGCUUUUGAUGGUGGAGACAGAAGCCCCAAGAGAUGGAUGUUCAGGAAGGAAGAAUCAACAAAAGAUGGAGAGUAUUCAGGAAGUAACAGUAAGCUACCUUUCCCCCAAAGAGCUUUCCUCCUGUCAGACCUGGCAACAAAGUGCAGGUGGGUUAAUCGGGUGUCAGAAUUUCCUGAAAGUUUUUCAAGGGAAGAAUUCUCAGUUGCAAGAACAAGGUAAUUCCCUCUGCCAGGUUUGGGCAGGAAUACCAGUUCAGAUUUCUGAAGAUAAGAACUAUAUAUUGACUCAUAUAGGGAAUGGCUCCAAUUAUAUAAAAAGUCAAGAGUAUCCAUCUUGGAGGGCACAUCAUUCUUGGAGGAAAAUGUAUCUGAAAGAGUCACAUAAUUAUCAGUGUAGAUGUCAGCAAAUUUCCAUGAAAAAUAAUUUCUGUAAGUGUGACAGUGUCAGUUGGCUCUCACAUCACAAUGAUAAACUGGAAGUACACAGAAAAGAAAACUACAGCUGUCAUGACUGUGGAGAAGAUAUCAUGAAGGUAUCAUUACUUAAUCAGGAUUCAAUUCAAACAGAGGAGAAGCCCUAUCCAUGUACUGGGUAUAGAAAAGCCUUCAGUAAUGACUCCAGCUCUGAAGUUCAUCAGCAGUUCCACUUGGAAGGGAAGCCCUAUACAUACAGUUCAUAUGGAAAGGGCUGUAGUUAUAGUUCACUUCUCCAUAUUCAUCAAAAUAUUGAGAGAGAAGAUGAUACUGAGAAUUCACAUCUGAAAUCCUAUCAGAGAGUGCAUACAGAGGAGAAACCAUGCAAAUGUGGUGAAUAUGGCGAGAACUUCAAUCACUGUUCCCCUCUUAACACUUAUGAACUUAUCCACACAGGUGAGAUGUCCUAUAGGCGCAACAUUUAUGAGAAAGCCUUCAGUCAUAGCUUAGACCUUAAUAGUAUUUUUAGGGUCCAUACUAGGGAUGAACCCCAUGAAUAUGAGGAAAAUGAGAAUGUCUUUAAUCAGAGUUCAUGUCUUCAAGUCCAUCAAAAAAUCCACACUGAAGAGAAACUAUACACAGAUAUAGAGUAUGGAAAGAGUUUCAUUUGUAGUCCAAAUCUUGACAUUCAGCAUAGGGUUCAUAUGGAGGAGAAUUCCUGUAGUUCUGAGGAGUGUGGUAAUGGCUUCAGUCUGGCCUCACAUUUUCAGGACCUUCAGAUAGUCCACACUAAGGAACAACCAUAUAAACGCUAUGUGUAUAGUAACAGCUUCAGCCAUAAUUUAUAUCUUCAAGGUCAUCCAAAAAUUCACAUUGGAGAGAAACCACAUAAGGAGUGUGGGAAUGGCUUCAACUGGAGCUCAAAACUUAAAGAUCAUCAGAGAGUCCACACUGGACAGAAACCAUACAAAUGCAAUAUAUGCGACAAAGGUUUCAAUCAUAGAUCAGUUCUGAAUGUUCAUCAGAGAGUCCACACAGGAGAGAAACCUUAUAAAUGUGAGGAAUGUGAUAAGGGAUUCAGUCGGAGUUCAUAUCUUCAAGCCCAUCAGAGAGUCCACACUGGAGAAAAACCUUAUAAAUGUGAGGAAUGUGGGAAGGGCUUCAGUCGAAAUUCAUACCUUCAAGGCCAUCAGAGAGUUCACACUGGAGAAAAACCAUACAAGUGUGAGGAGUGUGGGAAGGGCUUCAGUCGGAGUUCACACCUUCAAGGCCAUCAGAGAGUCCACACUGGAGAAAAACCAUUCAAAUGUGAGGAGUGUGGGAAGGGUUUCAGUUGGAGCUUUAAUCUUCAAAUUCAUCAGAGGGUUCACACAGGAGAAAAACCCUAUAAAUGUGAAGAAUGUGGUAAAGGCUUCAGUAAGGCCUCAACACUUUUGGCCCAUCAGAGGGUCCACACGGGAGAGAAGCCAUACCAAUGUGAUGAGUGUGGUAAGAGUUUCAGUCAGAGAUCAUACCUUCAAAGUCAUCAGAGUGUCCAUUCUGGAGAAAGACCAUAUAUAUGUGAGGUAUGUGGAAAGGGCUUCAGUCAGAGAGCAUAUCUUCAAGGUCAUCAGAGAGUCCACACUAGAGUGAAACCGUAUAAGUGUGAGAUGUGUGGGAAGGGCUUUAGUCAGAGUUCGCGCCUUGAAGCACAUCGGAGGGUUCACACAGGAGGGAAACCAUACAAAUGUGAGGUGUGUACAAAGGGUUUCAGUGAGAGUUCACGCCUUCAAGCACACCAAAGGGUUCAUGCGGAAGGGAGACCCUAUAAAUGUGAACAGUGUGGUAAGGGUUUCAGUGGGUAUUCAAGUCUUCAAGCCCAUCACAGAGUCCACACCGGGGAGAAACCAUACAAAUGUGAGGUAUGUGGAAAGGGCUUCAGUCAGAGAUCAAAUCUUCAGGCUCACCAGAGAGUCCACACAGGAGAGAAACCAUACAAAUGUGAUGCAUGUGGUAAGGGUUUCCGUUGGAGCUCAGGUCUUCUCAUUCAUCAAAGAGUCCAUAGUAGUGAUAAAUUCUAUAAAAGCGAAGACUAUGGUAAGGACUACCCUUCAUCAGAGAAUCUACACAGAAAUGAAGAUUCUGUUUUGUUUUGAAGUCCUCAAAUGGGAGCUGAAAUUUUCCAGUCACUAGAGUUCUUUCAGUAGAAUAAGAAUUUUUAAAAAUUAAAAUAUAAUGUUUCUGCCCAACUUCAACAUUCAUAAUGGCCAGGAGACCACACAACAGAGACAUUUAAUGAGAGGGGUUUCACGAGGGAUUUUGUUAGAACUUUAACAUCAGUCAUUGCACAGGAGCUAAGGCUUAUAAAAUAUGAGUAUGGUCAGGAAUUUAAUAAAAGUACAGUGAUGAGCAUGCCUAAAUCCAUGUUCUCUAGAAUGUAAGCUUGGUGAGAGAAGGGACUUUGUUCAUUGCUAGUCUACAAAACUAGGACAUUUCAUAACUCAAUGUAGGUGCUCAGUACUUUUUGCUAAAUAACUAAAAGUAUGUGAAGGUAAAAGGUUUGAAAUUUUUAAGUGCAUUUUUUAAAACUUAAAAUGUAUUUGGAGGAGAAAUUCUGCAAGUAAUCUUAAUAAAAUCAUUUCAAGUAAAUAUUUGAAAUAUAGGACAAUAAGCAUUAUGAUGAUCUGAAAUAACAUUAAUUUGGUUGUAACCCUAUUGGGGUUAGUUCCCAUCCUUUGUUCCAUCUUGAGCAGAGACGUGUUGCAUUUCUUAACGUUUGGUCUCUAUACAUUAUACCAUCUGUUGAAGUUUAGCUUUGUGUGUGUGUAUAUGUACACAUGUGUGCACUUUAAAUAUCAGUACAAACUGAUAAACAAUGUUUCUGGUUAAUGUUGCAAAAAUGGAACACUGUAUUUUACAUAAUUGAUUUCCUACUCCUGCCCUGUGAGUUAAGGCAGUUUUACUGUAAUAUUUGCAAGUAUCCAAAAUGGUUACUGAUGACAAAUACUUUUUAAUAAAUGUCAAAAUCACAAUACUUGGUUUUUUUUUAUUCUCCGUAUUUCUCUAAAAGUCCAUUUGAUCUGACUGAUUUCUAAAUGUUGUAGCCUUUGUCCAAUCCACACCUCCUUAAGCAGGGUCAAGUUUGAAGGAUUUUAAUUUUGUCAAGUUUUCCGUUCCCAUACUUCUCCCAGUCACACACACAAAAAAGGGGGAAAAUCUUGAAUUUUUCUAAGCAUAUUUAUCAAUGUAUUGACUAGUAGGAUAGGGUUGCCAUUUACUUGCUAGUAUCUGUCUUCAAGAAUGAUGCAUUUUGUUGGUGAAAGUGAAAAAUACAAGCUUGUCGUUCUAUAUAUAUCAAAAUACUUAUCAAGCCCCCCAUAUAUAUCGGAAUGUAAAAUGUGCUUACCGAUCUGGAAAUCAUAGAACAGUAAUUUAUAAUUAAGCACUUUUAGCAGUAAGGAAGGAUUUUACAAUGAUAGUAAUGUUUUGAGCUGGAAGUAAAUGUCCAUCAGUAUGAAUCGGGUAAGUUUCUAUAUGUUCUAUACUAUGGAUCUACAGAAAGUAUGAUUUAGCUCUAAAAUGACAAGAAUGGAUCAUGCAUAUUGUUUAGUAACAACCUAAACCAUAGGUUUUUACAAGACGUACAUUCAUAAUUGCCAGCUAAUUUAAGCCUGUGUACAUGUAUGUUCAAAUAUAUGCUUAUAGAUAGUGUGUGAAAGAUUACUCAUUAUUAUAUCUAUAGUAGUUUUCUCUGGAAAGCAAACUUUUUGGCUUAGUUUUUUUGUGCUUUAUUUAAAAAUAUUUAUAAUGGACAUUUACCAAGUAUACCAAAGCAGUGAACAGCUAUUGAUAUAUUAUCUCUUAUACUUAAGAACUCAUGAUAUGAUUGCUUGAUUUCACUGUAUGACAUUAUGAUCAACAGUAAAGAAUAAACCCCCUGAAGUUAAUUUUUAAAAUUUCCUGGAUUUUUGAGAAUACAGAUAAAUUAGGUGUCCAGUAACUUUAUAUUUCUGUGAAAUUUCCUUAGGUCUCAAAAUCCAUGUUGCCUAGGAUGUCCUAGUGCAAUCCAGUUUUAUAAAUUGAUGCUCACUGCUUUUCCUUCAGAUUGCCCCUUGCUGCAUGAAUAUGGUGACCAAAGCACUGGCAUAACUUGGCUUUCAAGGUGCUGGUUCAAGUUGCACAGUAUCAUCAGAAAUCCAGGGCUUCUAAAGCAUGUCUUUGAUAUCAUCACUUACAGGGGAGAGCUCAUGGUGGUUUUAUCAAUUGGAAUGCUUUUAGUUCUAAGUAACAGAAAAUUUAGAGUUGCCUAAACCAAAACUGUUUCUUAGUUCAUAUAAAUGAAAAGACACAGAUAGUGUAAGACUAGGGUCUGGGUAAGGUAGGGGGAUUUUAUAUUUCUUUCCUUUAAUUCUCUCACCUCUCUUUUCUUGUGAAUUCUUGUCUUCACGUUGUUCACAAUAUAGCAGCAUCACCUGCUUUCUUAUUCACAGCUGAAGGAGGAGAUACUCUGUACCAUUUUAGUCCUGUGUGGUUCUGGCUCCCCAAAAUGCAUAGAAUCUCUGACACUCCGAUUCCCACUAACAACUGAGACUAACCAAGACAACAAAGGACACCACUGGUCCAGUAGCCUAUUCCUAGUGAGAAGCAACAGCAGGCUACUGUGAGAAAAGGGAAGAACAUGGAGAAUCCUUCUGUGGCCCCAGUGCAAAGGGAUGGCCAAAAGCUGAGGACGGGGCAACAGGAACAUUGAGAAAACUUUAGCACUCCAGUUCCCACCCUAAGCACAAGGUAACACUAGAGAAAUCUGUAGCCAGUGGUACAACUAAGAUAAAUAUUGCAACAACAAAACCCAAUUCCAGCUUAAUUCCUGACCAGAUUAAUUCAGCACCCCACCCUGACAUCCUAGCAGAACAUGUGUGCCCAGUUUUAGGCAAAAAAUAAUGUUUUCUUCAGUCUCUACUGUUUUGUAUAUGUUAUCUGGCAUUUUAUUUUAAAAAUACAAGAUCAAAAGUUGAGAACAAUCUUCUGCCAAUAGAUAGCAGACCAAUCAAUAAAACCACAUUUAUAGAUAACCAUAUUUUGGAACUAUUAGGGAAUUUUACAUAACCGAUUGUUGUGCUAAAGACUCCAGUGAAAAGGGCAGAUAAUAUGCAUCAGCAGAUAGGGAUUUCAGUAAAAUUUAAUAGUCAAAUGGGAAAUGCUAGGAAAAGAAAAUUUAUGCUACUGCUUUUACUUUUAUCAAAACACUUUUGAAGGACUUAUGAGUAGACUCAACAUAGUUGAGAAAAGUGUCAGAACUUGAAUAUAGGUCAAUAGAAAUCAUGCAAACUAAAACACAAGAAGAAAAAGUGUGAAGAAAACAAUACAAAUAGGACAACAUUGUAGGAUCUAAUAUUUGCAUACUUGGAAACCCAGGGUCGGGGGAGAGAAUGGGAAGAAAAGAUAUUUAAAGAGAUAAUGGCUGAGAAUUUUCCAAAAAUAAUAAGACUUCACCCAGAUUCAAGAACCUCAGAAUACCAAAGCAGUAUUUUUUUAAAAAAGAACAAAACUAGAUGUAUUAUUGCCCAACAGCUAAAAAUGGAUGGACAGGGCAAAGAAAAUAUUAAUGGCAGACAAAGGAAAGGGACACAUUACAUAUAAGACGCAGAGUGAGAAAAACAUCAGACUUAUCAUCACAAACCAUGCAAGCAAAAGACAAUGGAGUUACAUCUUUAACAUUUAGAAACAACAGUUUAAAAAAAAUGAUCAAUCAAAAAUCUAAGCCUGGUGGAAAAAAUCUUUCAGAAGUUAUGCAAAAUAGACAUUUUCAGAUGAACAGAAGCUGAUAGAAUUCACUUUUAGCAGACCUGCACUGUAAGAGAUAUUUAGCAUACCAGAAAUAGACUUGGAUCUACCAAAAGACAUAACUAUGAAAAUAGUUAUUCCAAUCAUUUUAAGUGUAAAAUAAUUUUUAUUUUUAUUUCUCCAAAAUACAAUUCAGUAAAGCAAAAUUAGGAAUGAAGUUUUAUGAAUUUAGAGGACAUAUAAAAGUAAGAUGUUUUGUAAGAACACUGCAAAACAGGGAAGACAGAAAUGAGAAAUAUACUAGCAGAAAUUAGAGGUAUAUGGUUGUACUCUAUACAUGAAUUGGCAUAAUAUGAUUUGAAGAUAGACUGUGAAAAAAUAUAGGAAUAUAUUUUAAGCCCUAGAGUAACCAUUUAAGAAUUUUUUAAAGUACAACUCAUAAGUCAGCAGUAGAGAUUAAAUUCUGGUUCCAAAAAUAGCAACGUAGAAGCAAGCUGGCUUCACUCCUUUCAAUAGAAAACUAAAGACAAAUAUACAGCACCAAGAUUAUCACCAGCAAUAUCCCAGAACUCAAAUAGAAGGAGACAGUUCCUGAGGACACAAAUAAGUGAAAAAAACUGAGCAGAUGGUAAGAGAAGUGGACUUUCCUAUCCACAGUGCCCUUUCCCCUAAUCUGCCUGGCGCCAAGACUGUGGAAAAUUUUCCCGUCUCACAGUUUCUAUACUGGAAAAAGUUAAUCAAGGUGGACAACCAGCCUCCUCACCAUCUUGGGUUCCCUGGCAGGAGACUUGUCCCUGACUCAACCCACAGAAAGCAUCAGGAGUAAAUGAAGAGAGAAAUAUCCCUGAGGACAGCCAGAGACAAAGGAGGGAGGUGGGAAUACUGUCCCCAUCAUGGAAACUCUACUCUGCAACUCACCCAAAGGAGACAACAAUCAGAGUGGCUGCUCAGCAUCACUAUACUGUAGGUCCCCAAUCAUGAACCACUAGUCAGCUUUCUUACAACUAGGAUAUCCCCUAUGGGACCUACCCCUUUUGGGAUGGGUGGCACUAUGAUUAUUUACUAGAACUGAGGCAAACCUGGAGUUAAUACGCCAUAUAGUACCAAAAAGGAGUCAGUAACCUAGCGGGAAAGAAGAAAAUCAACAGGUAAAAUAUAAAGAA